AUACAAAGUAAAGAGUACAAGGAAACAGAGUUCAGCAAGAACAACAUGGUAGCAAAUGUUCUGUUAUUGCUGCUAACUUUUUCUUGUACAGCUCAAUCAAAAGUGAUUGAUAUUAAAAAGUUUGGCAUAAAUAAAGACAUAACACAGGUAAAAAAACUACUACUGCUAAAUAUUGAACUUUACUGAUUCAUUGUUAUUGUUACUAUUACUGUGUUUGAUUUUGUAAUUUGUGUUGUCUCAAGGCUUUCACAAAAGCUUGGGAAGAAGCAUGUGCAUCAACAAGUGCAAGCAAAAUUCUUAUUUCAAGUGGAACACACAAGAUGAAUGCAGUAAAAGUGAAAGGUCCUUGCAAAGCUGCAGUAGAAAUUCAGGUUGAUGGCACAAUUCAAGCACCAAAAGACCCUUAUGCACUCAAAGAUGCUUAUGAAUGGAUCAAAAUUGAAUAUGUUAACUAUUUCACCUUAUCUGGUAAAGGUACCUUUGAUGGUCAAGGUGCACUUGCUUGGAAUAAUAACUGUAGAGCAACACACCAGAACUGUAAGAGGCAUUCCUUGAAUUUUGGCUUCAAUUUUCUGAACAAUUCCAUAGUUCGAGAUAUAACUUCUAAGGACAGCAAAAACUUUCAUGUGCAUGUUCUUGGAUGCAACAACUUCACAUUUGAUAACUUCCACAUCAGUGCUCCAAAAACCAGCAUUAACACUGAUGGAAUUCAUAUUGGAAGAUCAACUGAUGUGAAAGUUCUUAACUCCAACAUUGCUACUGGAGAUGACUGUGUUUCAUUAGGUGAUGGUAGCAGAAAUGUAACUAUCAAAAAUGUAAACUGUGGACCUGGUCAUGGCAUUAGUGUUGGAAGUCUUGGCAAGUUCACAGAAGAAGAACCUGUUGAAAAUCUUUUAGUGAAGAACUGUACUAUGACAGGUACAGAUAAUGGUGUAAGGAUCAAAACUUGGCCUAGCACUCCAGGUGCUACUACUGUAAGUGAUAUACAUUUUGAAGAUAUUACUAUGGUUAAUGUCUUGCACCCGGUGAUCAUAGACCAGGAGUAUUGUCCUUGGAAUCGAUGCUCCAAAAAGAUUCCAUCAAAAGUAAAGAUAAGGAAGGUUACCUUCAAGAACAUUAGGGGCACUUCAGAAAGAAAGGAAGGAGUGACUCUUAUAUGUAGCAAAAGUGUACCAUGUGAAGGUGUGGAACUAAGUGAUGUUUCUCUUGCAUACAAUGGAGCUCCAAUAGUUGCUAAAUGUGUUAAUGUCAAACCCAAAAUUACAGGGAAAGCUCCUACUUGUUCAUCUUAAGAGACUUGGGUUGACACAACAUUAUGCAUAUGCUAUCUUUGUAAUGAGGGU